AAAGCGCGUUCGUCUCCUAUAAAACAUGCUCGUCUCUCUCUCUAGCUCCACACUUAUCACGCCACCUCACCAUCCUCCCUCUCGCUUUGGAUACUCCUUCCAAUGGAUAUCCGACGGAGGCCUCCUAAACCGCCGGUUAACAACCCUAACCGCUUCUCCGACGAUGACGAUCAACGCCGGACAACAACGAUUCCUCCCAAGGCGUCGGACGCGCUCCCUCUCCCUCUCUACCUCACCAACGCCGUCUUCUUCACUCUCUUCUUCUCCGUCGCCUACUACCUCCUCCACCGCUGGCGCGACAAGAUCCGUUACAACACCCCUCUCCACGUCGUCACCGUCACCGAGCUCGGCGCGCUCAUCGCCCUCGUCGCCUCCUUCAUCUACCUCCUAGGCUUCUUCGGCAUCGACUUCGUCCAAUCGUUCAUCUCACGCGCCGACACCAACGACACCGAUACUAACGAUUUCGAAGACCACCGCCUCGUCACGUGCCCACCCAGGGGCGGACGUCGGUUGGAUUUGGAAAGAGAUCCACCCCCAUCACCGAUCGUCUCCGUCGCCAAAUCGCCGAUUCCCGAUCCGACGUUUCCGGAGGAAGACGAGGAGAUAGUGAAAUCCGUAAUCCACGGCGCGAUCCCUUCCUACUCCCUCGAGUCCCGUCUUGGAGACUGCAAGAGAGCGGCGACGAUACGGCGCGAGGCGCUGCAGAGGAUCACCGGGAGGUCGAUCGAAGGGUUACCGUUGGAUGGGUUCGAUUACGAGUCGAUAUUGGGGCAAUGCUGCGAGAUGCCUGUCGGGUACGUGCAGAUACCCGUGGGGAUCGCUGGGCCUUUGUUGCUUGACGGGUAUGAGUACUCUGUUCCGAUGGCUACGACGGAAGGGUGUUUGGUUGCUAGCACUAAUAGAGGAUGCAAGGCUAUGUAUGUCUCUGGUGGAGCGACGAGUACGGUGGUUAAGGAUGGUAUGACGAGAGCGCCUGUGGUUAGGUUCGCGUCGGCGAGGAGGGCUUCGGAGCUUAAGUUUUUCUUGGAGGAUCCUGAGAACUUUGACACGUUGGCUGUUGUCUUCAACAGGUCAAGUAGAUUCGCGAGGCUGCAGAGUGUUAAGUGUACACUUGCGGGAAAGAAUGCUUAUGUAAGGUUUAGUUGUAGCACUGGUGAUGCUAUGGGGAUGAAUAUGGUAUCCAAAGGUGUCCAGAAUGUUCUUGAGUUCCUCACUGAUGAUUUUCCUGACAUGGAUGUCAUCGGAAUCUCCGGUAACUUCUGUUCGGACAAGAAACCUGCAGCUGUGAACUGGAUCGAGGGACGUGGCAAAUCAGUGGUUUGCGAGGCAGUAAUCAAAGGAGAGAUUGUUAACAAGGUGUUGAAAACGAGCGUGGCUGCUUUAGUGGAGCUGAACAUGCUCAAGAACCUCACUGGCUCUGCUGUUGCAGGCUCUCUAGGUGGAUUCAACGCUCACGCCAGCAACAUAGUCUCUGCUGUGUUCAUAGCUACUGGCCAAGAUCCAGCUCAAAACGUAGAGAGCUCUCAAUGCAUCACAAUGAUGGAAGCCAUUAACGACGGGAAAGACAUCCACGUCUCCGUCACUAUGCCAUCUAUUGAGGUGGGGACAGUGGGAGGAGGAACACAGCUUGCGUCUCAAUCAGCGUGUUUAAACCUGCUGGGAGUUAAAGGAGCGAGCACGGAGUCGCCGGGGAUGAACUCAAGGAGGCUAGCGACGAUAGUGGCGGGAGCAGUUUUGGCGGGAGAGUUAUCUUUAAUGUCAGCAAUAGCAGCUGGACAACUUGUGAAGAGUCACAUGAAAUACAAUAGAUCCAGCAGAGACAUAUCUGGAGCAACGACAACAACAUGAUCUGAGUCAUCAUUGUCGUCAUCUGUGUGGCCCAAAACUAGAAGGACAAAAAAUCUAAAGAAGGCAGGCUUUUACAACUCAUUCACUCAUAACUCUCUGGUGGACAUGUUUAGCCAUGUGGGUGGUGCCUUGCCUUGUUUUGUUCAAUAAAAGCUUAAUUGUUUUUUUUUGUUUAACUUGAAACUCUUUUUUGGGGAUUAAGGGUGAGAUAGAGAGCGAGAACAUGUUUCUUCUUUUCUCUCUCACUCAUGGAUAAUUCAUGUUCUUCUUUGAUAUAUGUCUAAUCUUUGUCUGGUGUUUGUUAGGAAAUGGUGUUCAUAUGAUAAAAAUGUAUGCAGUUACG